AUGCCCUCGAGCACAGUGCCCAGGAACGACAUCCAUAACCAAUUACCCACAAGUUGCAUCUUGCAGACAAAGCCACAACUGCGUGUCGGCGUGGCACUGGCCCAUCCGGAACAGCAUCCCAGAUCAGCAUCCCAGAUUACCAUCCCAGAUCAGCAUCCCAGAUCAGCAUUCCACGCGUCACGUCGUCACGCGCACAAACCUGGCCCGGUUUCCAGCCCAGUCUCGCGACCGGGUCACAGCGGCCGCUCCCACACACACACACACACACUCCGCCGCCCACCCCGCAUGCCGCAUACAACCCCCUUCACAAGCCCCCCCGCAAAACGCCGCUAG